CUAUAUAAACCGCCACGCGCUCCUCACCGGCUGCACGCAUGCAAGCCCGGACGCACUCGAUGAGGGUCAGGGAGCACCCCACUCGGUCGGUGUUCAGGUAAUCCAAUCCAAUCCACCACAGUGCUGCUUGCCCGGCCGCCAGAAAACCUGCUUAAUUUAGGCGUACGCGAGACUGUGAGAAGAUACUGGCCACACAACGGAGGGCACUCCCUGCUCGAUCGCGUCCCGCGUCUGGUAGCCUCAUUCUUGGCGCCGUUUUUUUUUUCCGAGCGUGAUUGAUCCGGCCGAUCGAUUCAUGGGACCGGCGGCCGGCGAUGGCGACCACCCCCUCGGCGCAGUGGCGGCGGCGGCGGUGGUGGAACACAAGGUGAACCUGUCGGCGCGGCGGCCGUUCGCGCAGGCGGUGCGGUCGGGCCUGGCGGAGACGUUGUUCCCCGACGACCCGUUCCGGGGCUUCGAGGCGCGCCCGCCCGCGGCGCGGGCGUGGGGCGCGCUCAAGUACUUCGUCCCCGCGCUGGAGUGGGCGCCGAGGUACAGCCUCGGCAAGUUCAAGUACGACCUCCUCGCCGGCGUCACCAUCGCUAGCCUCGCCAUCCCGCAGGGCAUCAGCUACGCCAAGCUCGCCAACCUCCCGCCCGUCAUCGGCCUCUAUUCGAGCUUCGUGCCGCCGCUGCUGUACGCGGUGUUCGGGAGCUCGAACAACCUGGCGGUGGGGACGGUGGCGGCGGCGUCGCUGCUGCUGGCGUCCAUCAUCGAGACGGAGGUCGCUCCGGAGGACAACCCGCUGCUGUACCUGCAGCUCUUCUACACCGCCGCCUUCUUCACCGGCAUCUUCCAGACCGCAUUAGGCGUAUUUAGGUUAGGGCUAAUAGUAGAUUUCUUGUCGCGGUCGACGAUCACCGGGUUCAUGGGCGGCACGGCGACGAUCAUCAUUCUGCAGCAGCUCAAGGGGAUGCUGGGGAUGAAGCAUUUCACGGCCAAGACGGACCUCAUCUCCGUCAUGCGCUCCAUCUUCCAUUACAGACACGAGUGGAAGUGGCAGAGUGCAGUACUUGGCAUGUGCUUCCUCCUGUUCUUGCUGUCAAGUAAGCACCUGAGAAAGAAAAAGCCAAACUUGUUCUGGGUGUCGGCCAUUGCGCCUUUCAUGGUCGUCGUGAUCGGAGGCAUCUUCGCCUUUCUAGUCAAAGGAGACGAGCAUGGCAUCCCAAUAGUUGGUGACCUGAAGAAAGGGAUCAACCCUCUGUCAAUUUCACAGUUGACGUUCCAUGGCAAGAACGUAAAGACGGCCGUGAAAGCAGGUCUCUUGUCUGGGAUCCUAGCACUGGCAGAAGGAAUAGCCGUCGGACGAAGCCUGGCAUUGAUCAAGAACGAACAGAUUGAUGGGAACAAGGAAAUGAUCGCGUUCGGCAUCAUGAACAUCGCUGGGUCCUUCACUUCUUGCUACCUCACGACAGGGCCGUUCUCGAAGUCGGCGGUGAACUUCCACGCCGGGUGCAGGACGCCGAUGUCGAACGUGGUGAUGUCGGUGUGCAUCAUGCUGGUGCUUCUGUUCCUGGCUCCGCUCUUCAAGUACACCCCGCUGGUGGCGCUCUCCUCGAUUAUCGUCGUCGCCAUGAUCGGGCUGAUCAAGGUCAAGGAGUUCUGCCACCUCUACAAAGUGGACAAGUUCGACUUCUUCAUCUGCAUGGUCGCCUUCGUGGGCGUCGUCUUCUUCACCAUGGUCAUUGGCCUCAGUGGAUCAGUAGGCUUGUCAGUGGUCAGGGCAUUGUUGCAUUUGGCGAGGCCUAACACUUGCAAGCUCGGAAGCAUAGCCGGAGGCGAGAUCUUCCGUGACGUCAGGCACUACCCGCACGCGAGAAACAUCCCCAACGUCCUCGUCUUGCAGCUGGGCUCUCCGAUCUAUUUCGUCAGUGCAGGUUACUUGCGAGAAAGGAUCCUGAGAUGGGUGGAAGACGAGGAGAACACCUGCAAGAUAGACGGGCAAGAUUUGCAAUACGUGGUUCUUGAUCUUGGUGGUGUGACUUCGAUCGACAACACGGGAAUCGGAAUGCUAGUAGAAGUUCACAAUAGCCUUGACCGGAAAGGGAUCAGGAUAGCUCUGACGAACCCCAGGCUACAGGUGACAGAGAAGCUGGUUCUGUUUGGAUACAUCAAGGACGUCAUAGGGGAGGAGUGGGUGUUCCUCACCGUCAGGGACGCUAUCACGGCGUGCCGGUACGCGCUCCAGAGAUCCAGGAGUAAGGAGGACGACGAAGUAUAGCGCUCAUGGACAGUGCGUUUGAGGAAGUAUAGCUGUAGAUAUUGGGUGGCGGGUAAGCAAGACGCGCGCCCUUUUAGCACCGGUAGAAGAGAAGAUUGAGCGUUCUACGACUGGAUGGCAUGGACUAGGUGUGUGGAUGUGGUAUUUGCAUGUCUUGAAUUGUGUGAAGAUAGGUUCAGGUCUUUGUAAGGGAAAUAGUGAGGUGGUUAGCAAUUGGAAGAAGUGUUUGUGUAUAAACCAAUUUAGCUUGUGAGGCCAUAAUGAACCUCGCAGAUUUGCUUGUACCAGUUUGCAGAAUGCAGAAGAAUAGGCAGUUUGAUUU